AUGUCUGGUGUCAUUUUUUUACUCCAGGAUCUAGCUCUUAAAUUAUUCCGAGAAGAUGUCAUUACUCAAGAGAAAGUUCAAUCCCGUCUAAUUUGUCAAAUACUGGAUGAAAUACAUAAAGAACGAUGUGGAGAAGCUAUUGACCGACAACUUCUACGUACUGUCAUCAGAAUGUUGGUGGAUUUAAAACUCUAUGAUUCAAUAUUCCUUACGGAAUUCCUAUGUAAAAGUCAACAACUCUACGCAUAUGAAGCAGAUACUCUGUCUAGACAGCUUACUGUUCCUGAAUAUCUAUUACAUGUAGACAAAAGAAUUAGUGAAGAAGAAGACAGACUUCUUGUAUAUUUGGAUGCUAAUUCAACUCGUAGUUUGCUUAUGUCAACUUUAGUUUCGGAAUUAUUAACUCGUCCAUUAGACUAUUUGCUGGAUAAUGGCUUGGUCAACCCAUUGAAAACAAGACAAACUUCUCAAUUAUCUUUACUGUUUUCUUUGGUUUCACGAGUUCCAAAUGGUAUAGAUAAAUUACGGACACAUUUCCGUAAUUAUAUCAUACAAAUGGGUCGUGAAAUGGUAGAAAAUCCAACUUACGAUCCUGAAAAAGACCGUACUAUGAUUCAAAAUCUACUAGAUUCACGGGAUUUUCUUACGGAAAUUAUUGUAUCGUGCUUUUCUAAUGAUUCCAGUUUUAUGCGUGUUCUUCAAGAAGCUUAUGAAGAGUUUAUUAAUCAACGUCCAAACAAACCGGCUGAGUUUCUAGCUAAAUAUCUUGAUUCUCAUCUUAGAUCUGGUAAUAAAGCUCAAACAGAAGAAGAAUUGGACAAGUUGAUGGAUAAAGCUAUGAUCUUGUUUCGUUUCAUCGAUGGGAAAGAUAUAUUUGAAGCAUUUUAUACCAAAGAACUAGCAAAACGUCUUCUUCUAAAUAAAAGUGCAUCAGUUGAUUCAGAAAAAGCUAUGCUAUCAAAACUUAAACAAGAAUGUGGACCAAACUACACGCGCAAAAUGGAAACAAUGUUUCAAGAUAUUGAAUUAAGCAGGCAGUUGAGUAAAAAUUUUCGUUUAUCUCUACCUGAUACUCAUACAAUCGAGUUAAGCGUAAAUGUGAUUUGUCCAGCAUCUUGGCCACCGUAUCCACAGACAACAGCUAAUUAUCCAGCAGAAAUGUUGGCUCUUCGAGAGGAAUUUACGCGUUUCUAUUUAUCCCACCAUCAAGGUCGAAAGCUGAUAUAUGAACCGUCUUUAGGAACGUGUGUUGUCAAAGCUAGAUUUCCAACCACACCAAAUCUUCGUAAAGAAUUACAAGUAUCUGAACUGCAAGCUUUAGUGUUGUUACAGUUCAAUCAGAAAGAUAAUGCUCCUAUUACUUAUACAACGAUAGCUGAAAAUACUGGUAUUGAAGAAAAAGAAUUGAAACGAACAUUACUUUCAUUAGCUGCUGGCAAAGGACAACGUGUGUUAAUAAAAUCUCCUAGUAAUUUAGAAAUUGAAAACGAUCAUCAAUUUAUUUUCAAUACCGAAUUUCAUCAUCGGCUUACACGUAUCAAAUUCAAUCAGAUACAAUUAAAAGAAACGGAGCAAGAACAAGUGGCUACUGAAGAACGGGUGUUUGCUGAUCGCGUUGCUCAUGUAGACUGUUGUAUUGUACGAAUCAUGAAAACGCGUAAAACUAUUGACCAUAAUUCAUUACUAUCAGAAGUCUACAAACAAUUACAGUUUCCACUUAAAGCAAGUGACGUGAAGAAGCGUAUUGAAAAUUUAAUUGAACGAGAUUAUAUGAAAAGAGAUUCCAGUAAUGCUGCCACUUAUCAUUAUGUAUCAUAGAUAAGUGUCACUUAUCUGCUUUGAAGAAAAUAUCAUUUCGUUUCCGAAUAUUUAUAUGUAUAUGAUAGUUUUGUUAUAGUUUCAAGUUCACGUUCUGAUGAGCUACAGUUCUGAAAGUUAUGUAAGCUAAGCUCCAAAAACUUGCUAUCUUUAUUCCCCUUUUUGUACAGCAGAUUCUGUUAAACUGUCUGACUUUCGCUUUUUUAAAAACUAGUAACGGUCUAUCACGUCAUGUCAUUAUCCUUCGUGUGUGUGCUUAUUUUUCAAAAACUGUUAAUCUUUUCAACUGUUUUCUUGUUCAUACUCUUUCGUUCGACAAAUUACGAGCAUUUUAAUGAACAUUAUAGAAGUGAAAAAAAUCUAUUCCAACCGAAAAACUCAUUUUUAUUUUUCGUCUCUUUUUCAUUUAAUAUCACUACUGUUACUCACUGAGUCCCAAACUUUGAGAAGGCUCGUUGAGAAAAUAGUAUCAUCGAAUAUUUUCUGGUCUCAUGAAUAUUAUUUGGGAUAGUAUUUUGGCGUUCAUCC